AUGGAACACUUUGCUAAAGGGCUUGCAGUUUUUGACAGCCAAAAACACGAGGACGGUAUUAUCAUACAACGUCUUCAAGCACCACGACUUUUCUCGUACUCGUUCAUCGAUGCAACUGUAGGGAGAAGCGCGAACACCAUUUCGCAUAUUCCUCAUCAUGACGGUGCCGUGGACACCGGGCGAGCUUGGAUGAGCAAGUUGGUAUCAUUCGAUCGAGUGAAAGUCACGAACAAUCAGCAAGACAACGAUCCGUUCCAUGUGAGUUCUUCUCUUAGGGUUUUCUUGGAAGUGUUCGAGUACACGGCGUUCAUUGCUGUGACCGCCUAUCAAAACAAUGAAGUGACACAGCUGAAGAUUUCCCAUAACCCUUUUGCCAAAGGGCUCGGAUCGGGAUCCCCGAAACGGACGUCUACCAGCCCAAUAUUCAGCGAGCCGUCACCGAAACGUAUCUCACCCAUGUCUUCUGAUGUGAAAGUGAAAUGUGAGGCUCCGUUAGGGAGUCCAUUUAUUUUCCCGUGGGCUUCGCCUGCAGUGGAUCCGAACUCUCCAAAGGGUAACGAGCAUCGUCCGAUGCCAUGGUACAGCUAUUACCAACACCCAUUUUAUCCACCUAUACCAUAUUAUUAUCCUUACAUGCCAAACUGCUAUCCGACAACAACUCCUGAGUGU